AUGCAAUUGCAGUUAGGCCGACCUUUUGAGUCCCGGACGGCGACAGUAGGUCUGGCAUUUGCAUCUUUGUUUGUAGCCUGGCGACUGGCUCUGGUCAUCACGAGGAUCUGGUUUUCGCCACUGCGCCAUAUACCGGGACCACGCCUCGCAGCAGCGACAAGCCUAUGGCUGUACGUUGAAGACAACAAGCCAACAAUUGUGAAGACCACCCGAAGACUUCACUCCCAGUAUGGGCCUCUUGUCCGCAUCGCGCCAAACCAUGUCAGCAUCAAGGACGCCGACACAUAUUUGAAAACGAUUUACCAACAGGCGUCCCAUUUCAACAAGGAUCCGGCGUUCUACGAUACAUUUGCGAACGAGGACGUCAACGUGUUCACUGUGUCAGAUGCUGUCGAACAUGGUUACCAUCGGCGACUCCUCAGCGGCGGUUUCGCCCGCAAGAAAGUGUUGGAGUUCGAGCCAGAGAUCUGGAAGGUUGUGACCAGGCUGAUGACUCUAGUCGAUGACGAAUAUGCCUCUGGAAGACCCGUGGAUCUGACAAAGCUGUGUCGCUCGUUUGCACUGGACGUCGUCUCAUGCUACUCUUUUGGAGAGAGCUAUGGAGCCUUGUGGAGGCCAACCCUUGAUGAACCGUUGCUGGCAGCGUUUGAUAGGUUUGGUCGGGCGAGUUUCUUGCUAAUGAAUUUCCCGACCAUCAGGAGUUUGCUGCAGCCCAUCCUGAUAAGACUGCCUAGCCCUGUCUUCCAAGCAAUUCCCAGCAUGGCCGCUCGUGUAAUGAGCUCUCUCGAUAGGUUGGAAAAUAUCGAAAAGGGCAAUUUUCAGCCCAUGCUUACCUCGGUAAAGGAAGCUGGCUUGCGACAAAACACGCAGCUCUCCAAAAAGUACCUCGCCGCCAACGGCAUGGGGAGUAUUGUGGCAGGCACCGACACCACAGGCUUCACUUUGGCGCUGGGGAUCUGGUCAAUCUUUAUGAACGACAAGAUCCGCCAGCGUUUGCACUCCGACCUGAAGGAAGUGUGGCAUGACAGACACAAUCCUCCCGGGUUACGCAAUCUCGAGGCCAUGCCGUAUCUGCAGGCUUGCGUGCGCGAGUCGUUGCGGUUCGCAACACCAAUUCGUGGCAGGCUACCACGUCUCGUCCCUCCAGAAGGCAUGACUCUCAAAUUCCCGAGCACCGGCGACAAGGAGUAUUUUCUUCCGGGCGGAACGAGCGUCUCGUCCUCCGUUUACCUGAUGCAUUACGAUGAGUCAGUGUAUGACGAUCCCGAGACUUUUGACCCCGAGAGAUGGCUAGUGAAGGAUCCCGAUCUGCUGCACCGCCGAGAGCGUCAACUAGUGCCGUUUUCGUCCGGAUCUAGGAUCUGUAUCGGUCUCAAUAUCGCCACGGCGGAGCUCUAUGUGUGUAUCGCCACCAUCAUCAGAUGGUAUAAGGCCAAAGAAAUAGUCGACCGCGAACUUGUUACGGAGGAGCAAUUCACAGCCUUAGUCCCAGGUGGUCUGAGGGCUAUUCUGGCACGGAUCGACGAUUGA